AAUACCUCUUCCAUUCUCUGGAGACUAGAGUAUUAGACGAUAUUUAGGCACAAGGGAAAAAAAUAUGUUAGCAACAACGCUUCCUCUGCGUUUACACUUUCUCUCUCCAAAACUGAUACUGCGACCCCCAUUGUUUCCGGUACAUUUCCGACACACUGAUAUCAAAACCCUGAUUAACCCACGUGGAUGUAACAAGCUGUUCUGUUCAAUGAGUAGUGAUUUGAUGGAUUCUUCAUCUACUACUAAAGAUGGAAAUUUGUCGGUCCAUUCGAUUACAGAUGAUUUGAAAAAUCAAAGCUUAUCAGAAGAAAAGAAACUUAAAUUAAAGCUUGAAGAUUUAAAGUGGGAUCAUUCAUUUGUUCGUGAGUUGCCCGGAGAUCCAAGAACUGAUACCUUACCUCGUCAGGUAUUUCAUGCUUGUUAUUCGAAAGUAUCCCCUUCAGUUGAAGUAGAGAACCCUGAGCUUAUUGCUUGGUCAGAAUCAGUUGCGGAGUUGCUUGAUUUAGAUCCCAAGGAAUUUGAAAGGUCGGAUUUUGCACUUAAAUUCUCCGGGGCGUCUCCUCUGGAAGGAGGCCUGUCCUAUGCUCAAUGCUAUGGUGGACAUCAGUUUGGCACAUGGGCUGGUCAGCUAGGUGAUGGUCGUGCAGUAACACUAGGAGAGCUUCUGAAUUCUCAGGGGGAAAGGUGGGACCUGCAGCUUAAAGGUGCGGGUAAGACUCCAUACAGCCGGUUUGCUGAUGGACUUGCAGUUCUACGUAGUAGCGUCCGAGAAUUCCUUUGCAGUGAAGCAAUGCAUGGUUUGGGAAUUCCAACAACCCGUGCUCUUUGUCUUGUCACUACUGGAAAAUCUGUUACAAGGGACAUGUUUUAUGAUGGUAAUCCAAAGGAUGAGCCUGGUGCGGUUGUUUGCAGAGUUGCCCAGUCAUUCUUGCGCUUUGGAUCAUAUCAGUUGCAUGCCUCUAGACGCAAAGAAGACCUUGACAUAGUUCGUACUUUGGCAGACUACACCAUCAAACAUCACUUCCCCCAUAUUGAGAACAUGUGCAAGACGGAGAGCUUAUCUUUCUCAACAGGCAUGCAGGGGACUUCAGUUGUAGAUUUGACAUCUAAUAAGUAUGCAGCCUGGGUAGUCGAGGUUGCUGAACGUACUGCUUCCUUAAUUGCAAGUUGGCAGGGGGUUGGAUUCACUCAUGGCGUACUCAAUACAGAUAAUAUGAGUGCGCUGGGUCUAACCAUUGAUUAUGGACCUUUCGGCUUUCUGGAUGCUUUUGAUCCGAGUUACACCCCAAAUACCACAGACCUUCCUGGAAGAAGGUACUGUUUUGCAAACCAGCCUGAUAUUGGCUUGUGGAAUAUCGCACAGUUCUCCUCAAUGUUAGCAGCUGCGGAAUUGAUUACUGAAGAGGAGUCCAACUAUGCCAUGGAAAGAUAUGGGACUAAAUUUAUGGAUCACUAUCAGUCUAUAAUGACCAGAAAACUUGGCCUGCUAAAGUACAACAAACAGUUGGUAAACAAGCUUCUCAACAACAUGGCUGUUGAUAAGGUUGAUUACACAAACUUUUUUCGAUUACUUGCCAAUAUUAAAGCGGACGCAAGCAUUUCAGAGGAUGAGCUGAUUGUUCCACUUAAGGCUGUUUUGCUUGAUAUGGGAAAGGAGCGUAAAGAGGCAUGGAUCAGCUGGGUAAAAGCCUACAUACAAGAGCUUGCUGCUAGUGAGAUUCCAGACGAGGAGAGGAAGGUUGCAAUGAAUUCUGUAAACCCUAGAUACGUUCUACGGAAUUAUUUAUGCCAAAGUGCCAUAGAUAUGGCUGAACAAGGUGACUAUGAAGAACUUCACAGGCUCCUGAAAGUUAUGCAGCGGCCAUUUGAAGAGCAGCCUGGAAUGGAGAAAUAUGCACGACUUCCUCCUGCGUGGGCUUAUCGUCCAGGUGUGUGCAUGCUUUCUUGCUCUUCUUAGAGUUAGAGGAGAAAAUGAUGUAUUCUGCUGUGUACAUAAACAGUUAAAAUUUUCAGUUUAUUGCUUUCCAGAAAGAAAGGUUGUGCCCUAUUGUUAGGUGACAUUUUUUUGCUUACCAUAAUCAUUUCUUGAUUGAAGCCGACAUCAUCUGAUGCAUUUUUUUGGAUUACAGACGGAUAUAUUAUUCAAGUAAAUCUCUAAAUAAUGCAGUCUAUUUUAAUUUAUUGUUUU